GCAACUCCCACCCAGUCAGUACCUAGCAGAGCUGCGGGAGCCUCCACAGAACAUCUCCGGAUCGCUUUCCGAGGCUGACGUCUGAACCAAGACAGAGAAUCCCAGGUGCAGACCCCUCAUUCAGUCACCAGGCUGAACCGGUUCUCCUACAGAAGUGACCCUGUGGCCCUGACCUGAGAUAAGUUACUAGGUGACCCCCGCGGCCUCUUUCUAUGACUCCAUCUGGAUUUGGCUGGCUGUGGGGACAAGCUUCAAGGGACUGCCUGAGUCUCCGUGGGACAGCAGUCAGCUUUCUGGCUACCAUGGCAAUUGCGGGGAAGUGAAGGCACAGGCUCCAACCUCAGCACAAGGCACACAGUGUCUCCACUGCUCCGGACACGAUGGACAACAAAGCCAUGUACAUGCACACCGUGAAUGACCGUGACAGCGGCUCCAUCUUUGAAGAGCCCUUCGAUGGCAGGAGCCUGUCCAAGUUGAACCUGUGCGAGGACGGUCCAUGUCACAAGCGGCGGGUGGGUGGAUGCUGUUCCCAGCUGGGCUCCCUGUCAGCCCUGAAGCACGCAGUCCUGGGGCUCUAUCUUCUGGUCUUCCUGAUUCUUGUGGGUAUCUUCAUCUUAGCAGUGUCCAGGCCUCGAAGCUCCCCAGAUGACUUAAAGGCGCUUACUCGGAACGUGAACCAGCUGAAUGAGAGCUUCCGGGACCUGCAGCUGCGGCUGCUGCAGGCUCCACUGCAGGCGGACCUGACGGAACAGGUGUGGAAGGUUCAGGAUGCGCUGCAGAACCAGACAGACUCGCUGUUGGCCCUGACAGGCUUGGUGCAGCGUCUGGAGGGUACGCUGUGGGGACUGCACGCACAGGCGGCGCAGACGGAGCAGGCGGUGGCCCUGCUGCGUGACCGCACAGGACAGCAGAGUGACUCCACACAGCUGGAACUCUACCAGCUGCAAGUGGAGAGCAAUCGCAGCCAGCUGCUGCUGCAGCGGCACAAGGGCCUGCUGGACGGGCUGGCGCGCAGGGUGGGCGUUCUGAGCGAGGAGCUGGCUGAUGUGGGUGGCGCACUGCGUGGCCUCAACCAAAGCUUGUCCUAUGACGUGGCCCUGCACAGCACACGGCUGCAGGACCUGCAGGUUCUGGUGAGCAAUACCAGCGCUGACACACGCCGCAUGAGGCUGGUGCACAUGGACAUGGAGAUGCAACUUAAGCAGGAGCUGGCUAUGCUCAAUGUGGUGACCGAGGACCUGCGUCUCAAGGACUGGGAACACUCCAUUGCCUUGAGGAACAUCACCCUUGCCAAAGGGCCACCGGGACCCAAAGGUGACCAGGGCAAUGAAGGGAAGGAGGGAAAGCCAGGUACUCCUGGAUUUCCUGGACUUCGAGGUCUGCCCGGAGAGAGAGGGACCCCAGGACUACCUGGUCCCAAGGGUGACGAUGGGAAGCUAGGGGCCACAGGCCCCAUGGGCAUGCGUGGAUUCAAAGGUGAGCGAGGCCCAAAAGGAGAGAAAGGAGAGAGAGGAGAGAUACAUGAUGGCGUGGAUUUCACAAUGAUUCGCCUGGUGAAUGGCUCUGGGCCACACGAGGGCCGAGUGGAGGUGUACCAUGAUCGUCGCUGGGGCACCGUGUGUGACGAUGGCUGGGACAGGAAGGAUGGGACUGUCGUGUGCCGCAUGCUGGGCUUCCAUGGUGUUGAGGAGGUGUACCGGACAGCUCGCUUUGGGCAAGGCACAGGGCGGAUUUGGAUGGAUGACGUGAAUUGCAAGGGAACCGAGCUCUCCAUCUUCCACUGCCAAUUCGCCAAAUGGGGAGUGACAAACUGUGGGCAUGCCGAGGACGCCGGAGUGACUUGUACUGCAUUCUGAAAGCAGGCACAGCCCAAGGCCAGGGCACUGCCGUGACCACAUUCCCUUGUCUCUGGGGUUGGAGGAUUGCUUAGAGCUACCUAACCAUGGCUCAUGCCCAGUUCAGCACCACCCCCAACCCUGCUGCCAACUGGUCCUACUCUGUUGUCAUUCUCCUUCCAGACAACUGCUCCAAAGUGCUCAGUGGGACCUGCGUUCUCUUUCCUUUCCACCAGGGUGUCUACGUGUGGGCCCUGGUCACCACCAGUAUGCUUAGCUAUCUGAUGACUCUCUACAAGGCCUAGGGAUCUAUGUUACAGGCGGUCUCUUGGUUACAGCUGGACGCUGAUAUGACCUCAUAGGCAAGAGCAGCAAUGGAGGUGGGAGGUGUUAUGGGUCAUUCACUUUGCAGAUAAGUCCUAAAUUCCAGUUUCACCAUCCACCUCACCAGCAAGUAGAAACCCUUAAUGAUUCUGUUUCCCCUCUUCACACUGUUGGUUUGAGGAAGGGGCAGAGGAGAAGCCAGCUAUAGGAGACACAAGAAAAUACCAGUUACCAGAAGGAACCCGGCAGGAGCCGGGAAGAGAGGGGGAUAACUACUUUGUGCUACAAUGUAUCUUGGGUGCUGAAACCUCUUGACCACUUUGCUGUGUUAAUACCAGGUGUGUCAAUCAGGGCAGGACCCUGCCUCCGGGUAGUGCUCACCUGGACCAUUCAUCUGACUCCCAAGCUAGAAGACAAAGAAUGACCAAGACUGAGACCAGGUUCCUCCAUGAACCUUGAAUAUAACUAGUACAUAUAAGAUCAGACAGGAUGGAUUUUUUUUUUUGGUUUUUCAAGACAGGGUUUCUCUGUAUUGUUUUGGAGGCUUUCCUGGAACUCAAUCUGUAGACCAGGCUGGCCUCAAACUCACAGAGAUCCACCUGCCUCUGGAAUUAAAGGCAUGUGCCACCAACGCUCGGCUCAGGAUGGGUUUCUAAGUCAAACAGCCACACAGGAAAGCUUGUUUAGAGGUGACAUGGGAGCUGUCCACAUUAACCUGAGGCCAUCAGUCAUUAGAGACUGUGUCUUAGAGCAGUUGGUGAUGCACCUUUCAGACCUCUUUAAAUAUAAUCAUGUGUUCAGAGGAAAACAGACCUGGUAAGUUUCCCAAGGGUAGAAGUGUGAAUUCCCUAUUACCUUCCCUGGUAAAUGAGUUGCCUUGGGCCUCUUCAAACCUGUGAGACGCACUCCACUCCUGGCUACAAAGAGAACAUGUUCUGUUGUUAACAGGAGGAGGUUGAACUAGAUGGUACAUGUGCUCUAGAAUUGGGAGAGCUAUGGUAUAGCAAUUGAGGGCAGACCUGUCUGGCUAUAGUAGAGUCACAGACACAAUCACAUAUCUUACAAGGUGAGCAUCGUCUUGCUUGGGGUGAGGAAGACCUAGGUACCUCCAAGUAUAGUUCCCCCCAAAGAUCCUGGCUGGCUACUAUGCCAAUGUGUGAUCUUGAUCAUUCUUGCUUUUGAUAUGCGUUAUUUACUACUGUUUUCAUGAUCUGACCAACUGUUAUGUUUACAUAACAUGCAUGUACUCAUGCAUCUUCUUCCAGAGCCAAUGUAUGUAUACCUGUAUAAGCAUAGCACCCUUUAUUACACAGCUCAGCACAUCACAGUGGUUAUGUUUUAAAAGAUAUGCUAAAGGUUGUUAUUUUUAAAAAACAAACAAAGAUAUUUUACGAAUGUGUAAACAUCACUCUGUUAAUUCUGGGAAUGAACCCUGUUACCCCAAUGAUGAAGACUCAGGUAACUUUUUCACUUAGUCUUUACAUGGGGGAAACACAAGUUUGGUUUUAUAUCUAUAAAAACGAUGUUGAAAAGUAUUUAACCAUAAAAAUAAAAGUCGACUAGUUUACAGACCUACCUAUGAGGACAUGGGAAUGACCGUGGACUGUAUUUCAGGGACUAAUGGAAACUAGGCCUAAAAUACUUCAGACCUUUUGUAAGAAAAAAUUUCAAUAAAGCAAACAUUUGAAAAAGA